AUGUCAAGUGAAGCCAUGGCUGUGGCUUCUCCAUCAACAUGGAUACCAUCAGUCAUAGUCUCACUCUUUUCAUAUGGCCAUGCCAACGGGCCAAUUGUGCGACAGCAUCUGCAUAACAAACCGCAUAUCCACAAAACAUUGGCUUACAAUAUUCGUCACUUACCGAAUCCACCGCGCCAUCUCCGCGCUAAUGCAACUGGCCUGUCUCGGCGCCUUCAGAAGGAAUUCCUGCAAAAUGAUAACGUCCAGGCAUUCUUGGUAAAGGUACAAAAUGAGCUCCUCGAUGCAAUCAGAGAAUGUGAACAACCUUUGAGCUUAAAUGAGUCGACUACACAUGAAGCUGAAGACGUUGGCGUUGGCUCUGAUCUCGCUGAGGAGGCCACCUUGAAAGACGCAGAUAUCGAUGUGGUGGUGACAAUAUGCUGCGAAGAGGGCCGUCACCGGAGUGUUGCGUUUGUCGAGGAACUUGCCCGAAGGCUUACUACGUUCAAAAAUGGAGACGGCUCUUCUCAAUACUGGAAGUUAAAUGUUAACGUUACGCAUCGCGAUAUUGGAGACCCUCAAGAUGACUUGGAGCAAUCAUCGGGCCAGCAGAAGCGCCCGAACAAGGCCCAGGCAAAAUUUAGACAAAGGGAACGACGUGAGAAAGGGGAGAGAUUCAGAUCACGCCUAGAAGAUGAUGACGGCGAAGAAUAG